AUGAGGGUCUUACUAACUGGAGGAAGCGGAUUUGUGGCAACACAUGUGCUUCAGAAACUCCUCGAGCGUGGUCACCAGGUGGUCACAACUGUCCGGUCUGACGAGAAAGGGCGAUUUCUUCUAGACCUGUUCAAAGGGAAACCCGUCGCCUAUACGAUCGUCAAGGAUAUCGCGGCUGAAGGCGCAUUCGACAAGGCUGUUAGGUCAGAACCACCCUUUGAAGCCAUCAUUCACACCGCUUCACCCUUUCACUACAAUGUGCAAGACAACAAACGGGACAUGAUAGACCCGGCGGUGAAUGGUACUACUGGUAUUCUCAAAGCCAUUGUCAAGUACGCUCCAUCUGUCCAGCAUGUGGUGAUCACAUCAUCAUUUGCGGCCAUUGCGAACCCAAAAGCUCCACCAAAGGUAUACACCGAGGAGAUCUGGAACGACAUGACGAUGGAAGAAGCACUUACAACCAUCAAUCCGCAAGCAGCUUACCGUGCAAGCAAAACGUUCGCUGAAAAGGCUGCAUGGGAGUUUGUUAAGACCCAAAAGCCAAAUUUUGGGCUGACCGUGUUGAAUCCGCCCAUGAUCUAUGGACCUGUGAUUCACGAGGUGGCUUCUCUAGACGCACUGAAUACUUCGAGCAAACGGAUUUUGGAUCUGAUGUUGGGUAAUCCGCGACAUGGACCAGUUGGUUCUCCGAUUUACGUCGACGUCCGCGACCUCGCUUUGGCACAUGUCCUCUCGAUCGAGAAACCCGAAGCCUCAGGACAGCGGAUAUUCAUGGCUGCAGGAAUGGGGUUGGAGAGAGAGAUGGGCGAUAUCAUCAAACGAUCUUUCCCACAACUCGCAAAGAAUGUCCGCGACGACCUUGUCGGAGAUAUGCCACCUUAUAGCAUCAAUAAUAGCAAGGCCAAGGAGAUACUAGGGAUAUCUUACCGUAGUUUGGACGAGACGGUGGUCGAUACUGUCAAAUCACUCCAGGCAUUGGGAGCUUGA